AUGGUGGUGGUGGUGGUGGUCCUCGAAGAGCUCUUCGAUCGUGCAGGGAGCAAAACGGAGCACUGGAAGGCGCUGUCCAGGGAACUGACCCUCGAGGACUGGAAGUUGGCGCCCCCGGACGCCGGCAAAGGAGAACAGCUGAGGUCGUGUCUCAGACUCGCGAAUGUUCUCCAGCUCCGCUCCUUGGCCGCGCAAGAACCGAGCCUGCUCGGACCCGACAAGCCGGAGCUCCCUCCGCUGCACACCCGCCCGGCUGGCCUGGCCAGCCUCGUCAAGGCGUGCCCCGAACUAGCUCCGGAGCUGGUCGACGCCCUCGCCCUCAGCCUGUAA